AUGCUCAAGACCCAUCCCCUCCCCUCCCCCUACCCCAAUCCCCACCUCGCCUCCCGCAACCCCUUCCGGAACCCCAAAAAAACGCCCUCCUCGGACUCCACCACCAGCAGCACCCCUGCGGCCAUCCGCCAUGACUCCCCGCUCACCGUCGACGACGGCAAAUCGCCAACAUGCGACCGUAACCACACGUUCGACUCGUUCGUGCCGCCGCAUAAGCUCGAUGGCGACAAGGAGCCGAAGCGGGUCGGCGCGACGUGGGACGUUGUGCGGGCGAUUGUGAAGCUGAAGCGGCCGCUUAGGAGGUUGAGGGAGAAGCGGAGGAGGGAGAGGGGAGGGGGGAUGAUGAGGCUUGAGUCGAGUGCGGAGUUGAUGGCGGCAGAGGAGGGAGAGGAGGGGAAGGAGUAG